UCUCAAAGACGAUGCUGCUUCUAUCACUGUCUUGGUUUCUGUCCAUUUUUCAUAUAAAAAACUCUCCCUCUCUCUCUCUCUCUAAAUUAGCCUGUGAAAAUGCUUAUCUUGUAAGUUGCAUUGCAUGUCAUUCUCUUGUAGUCUUGUUCACUAUCUCUUUACUAGAGCCUUCAUGAACCACUAAAUUAGCCUCUUCAAUAUCUCUGUCACUUUUUUCUAAGACCAUUUAUUGUUUCCUAGCUUGUAAGCUCCCCAUUUCCAUGCCUAAGCUCCCCAUUUCCAUGUUCAUUCUCGUCACUCUUUCUUCCACUCAUAACCUACUCUGAAAGCUCAAACUUCUUAGCCAUAACUCCAAAAUGUCAUCCUUGAGCCAAUUCAUUCCUGCCCUCAUGUCCGAGACUGCAAACUUAGUACUUUUCUGAAAUGGGUCUGCUUAAAGUUUCUGUUUUGGUUUGCCUUUGUUGGAUUUUUUCUCUUUUGUGCUUUGGAACUCGCUGCCAUGGUUCUGAGGUCACUGUGAAGUUCUUGGAGGCCCCUGAUGCUUUCUCACGAUUAAAGUCGGCCACAUUUUUGUUUGAAAUUUUAGUGAAUGGCCACAGUUAUAAUUGCAAGCACUGCAACAUCAGUUGCUCGUUGGAUAACCGCCACUCUUCAGACUGCAAUGACAGAAAGAUCUUCUACUUUAAGUUGGAGGAAGGAGAGCACAAAUUCAAGGUCUGCACUAAUUUAUCCAAAGGGGUUGGUUGCUCCAGCUAUAAGUGGACUGUUGAUACAGUUCCUCCUACUGCAUCAAUUAUGCCGUCGAUGGCAUUUACGAACGCUUUAAAUGUUUCUGUAAAUAUUUCUUUCUCUGAACCUUGUAAUGGCAGUGGAGGUUUCCGAUGUUCAUCUGUAGAGGCCUGCAACCUACUAGUGUACGGUGAAGGGCGUGUUAUACCAUCAUCUUUCAAAAUUCUUCAGCCCAAGCUCAAAUAUUCACUUUCUGUGGCUUUGCCAUCUACCAUUCAAUAUGGAAGAAUUAUAUUAGUAAUGGAUAAGAAUUUCUGUACUGAUAGUGCUGGAAAUAUAUUCACAAGAACAGAAAAUUCAAUUUCUUAUGUACACUUUGAUAGAAGAAAACUACUUGCUAACCUAAAAACUCGUGUUCCGGAAAGGCUACUCCAGCUCAACGGUGACACCAGACUUGUACAAGCAACAAACAAACAUGAUAACUUGAAGGUCUAUUUGUACUUCUCAGAACCAGUUCUUAAUUCAUCUUUGGAAGUUCUGAAUUCUCUUGAAGUAAGUGAUGGGGCGCUGCUUCCCAUUAGUGGAAGGAGCCUUGGAAAUCGCAGAUUCGGCUUUUCGGUCGCAAAUGUUUCUGGAAUUGCAAUAAUCACAGUGAGUCUCAAGCCUAGUUCUAUAAUAAGCAGACAAGGAAAUCCUGUUUCACCACUUCCACCAGUUACUUUCCUUUAUGAUUCUCUUAGGCCCACUGUGAUGCUCAGUACAACUACUUAUAAGAGGACAACAGAAAAAAGAUUUUCAGUCACUGUAAAUUUCGUGAAGCCUGUAUUUGAUUUCAACUCGUCGUGUGUCUCAAUUCGUGGAGGUCAUUUGCAGAGCUUUCGUGAGAUGGGCAGAAAUAUCUACUCUGUUGAAGUACAAGCUGAGGAUGAAAUUGUAUCUAUCAGUGUCCCUGAGAAUGUAACGACCGAUGUUGCUGGAAAUCGUAAUCUAGCAUCAAAUGUCCUGCAAAUGUGGCACUAUUCUAUACCAACGAUAUCUACAGUUGUUUCGAUCUUUACAAUUGCUUCGUUUACGGCAACAUCCCUCGCAGCAGGACUACUCACUGUAUCAACAGCCAGCCUUCAAUCAGAAGGAGUUUUCAUGAGAUCAUCUUCUUCUCUGACACAUAAUCCUACAAGAAACAUUUUUAGAAUUGCUUGCCACAUUCAAAUUUUUGCACUAUCUAUAUGGUUGCCAGUUACGCUGCCUGUCGAGUACUACGAAUUUGCAAAGGAUCUGCAAUGGAGUAUUCCUUACCUUAGACUUCCAUGGGAAGAUGAGCAUGAUCAUCCAGACUUAAGUGACUACAGUCCCUUUACUGGAUCAAAUCCUUAUCUUUCAAAAACUCGCCAUUCUAAAAUUUUUCAAAACAAGGUUCCAGGCAAUAACUUUACUGUGGUUGAUAUGUUGUAUGGGUUGCCCCUUACUCCAAUGGAAUACAGAUCAUUUUUCGAGAGCCAAAAUAUCAAACCCCAAGCUGAUAACAUUUUUGGACCAGGAAGUUACAGUCAAUGGAAUGAUUUUUAUAGAAGCAUGUUCUGGUUUGGAAUAUUUGCUGGCAGUUUGAUAUUCCUCCAUGCCCUUUUCCUUUUCAUUAUGAAAUGUCGAAAGAAAAUAUACAACACACAGGGAAGUUAUGGAGCACUUACUUUCCCUAGAUUUGAGAUAUUCAUUACAUUUGUUGCACUAGCUUCCAUGUCCAUGGCCUCGGGUGUGCUAUUUAGAGAUGGAGCUCUUGCAGGAGUAAUAGUUGGAGUGUUGCUGCUUGGUAUACUGUCGCUUCUUUUGCUAGCCUUGCUGUUGUUUCUUUCAGUUGGGAUCACAUUCGGGAAGCUACUUCAGUACAAAGAAGUUCAUCAAGAAGGCCAGAAAUUUCAUUGGUAUCAAGAACUCGUUCGUGUCACUCUAGGUCCUGGCAAGAGAAGUCAAUGGACUUGGAAAAACCAGCCAAACUCUGUUUAUCUUAUAAUUUUUGGGCCAAUGUUUGAAGAUCUAAGAGGUCCCCCAAAGUAUAUGUUGUCUCAGAUUUCUGUGGCAAAUCCCAAUAAACGCGGCGAUCGGAUUAUUGCCUCAGACGAUGAAACAGAAGAUGCAGAAGCACCAUUCAUCCAGAAGCUGUUUGGCAUUCUUCGUAUAUACUAUACGCUUCUCGAAUUUAUUAGACGAGUCACUCUUGGAAUCAUGGCUGGUGCUUACAAGGAAACACUCUAUUCUAGAACUCCAAUAGUUACCUUGCUAUGCAUCUCAUCAUUUCAGCUCUUUUUCCUUGUUCUCAAGAAGCCAUUUAUCAAGAAAAAGGUUCAGUUGGUUGAGAUCAUUUCCAACACAUGUGAAGUCGGUCUUUUCGCUAUUUGUGCAGUUCUCUUAGAUAACGAAUUCUCAAUCACGAAUCAAACAAGACUCGGAAUAACAUUGCUGUUGCUGUUCCUUAUAGGCUACUUUCCACAAUUGAUCAAUGAAUGGUAUGCUUUGUACAAACAAGCAAAACAACUUGACUUCGCUGGGCAAUCAUUCUUUUCAGGACUCAAGGUGGCAUUUAUUGGAUUCCUCCUCCUGUUUCUCCCACAGAGAUUCACUAAAAACUUGGAAAGUAUAUUCGCCGUGAACCUUAGUGGAGACUCCGAAACCGUGGAUAACUCGUCUGAUAGGAACAUGUCUGGCAGUCGAAGCUCAAGUAAUGAGAAACCAUGGUUGAAACAACUUCGAAAAUUGGCAAAGGCAAGCUUCACUAAAGAUCAAGGAGGGACUUCAAAUGAUCCAUCAGGAAGUGGUGCACAAUGGACCGGAUUCUGGGGGCGAAGAAGUCGUAGCAGAAGUAGUAGAAGCUCUUCCAUAAGUUCAUCUGAUUUCAGGUCUAAAUCCAAAGGCUUGUACAAGGAAUUUGAAUCCAUUUUUUCAACCAGGUGAAAUAAAAACACAAAUGUAUUUGUAUGAUCUUCUGAAGUUCAUUCAUUAGUAGAGUUUAUCAUCCCAUAAUAGUUCAUCACUUUGGGUGUAGAUUACGGACAAUUGGAUUCUAUGGUCAUGUAUACUUAUAAAAAAUUCACCCAGAAAGAUUUACAUUA